CCGGUUUCAGCUAUUAUAUUUAACUUACCACAAACAAGAACAAGAAGCCAGCUUCAUUCCCGCGCUCCUCGGGAAUACUUAACAUCUCUCCCCGUGUGCAUCCACGCACUCGUUGCUGAUAUUAUUCUUCGGUUUUAUCGUCCUGUCAUUUCCCCCCUGUUUUUGUAUCGUAACCCUCUCUAUUCUGAUUCCCAGCCUUGAGUCUAGUUUAUUUACACUUAUAUAGCGCGCAAUCACCAUGGCUCCACGACUACAACUCCCGCGACAGAUGUCGAGAAAUAUGCUACUCGGUUCUCGAAAUGCUUUUCCCGGCUCAAUCUCUUGCAGGGCUGCGUCCUCUCUCAGCCGAGUAUCGCAAUCCAAUGGCUGUCUGAGAACAACUACACAGACCACCGUCAUGAGCUCGCACGUUCCAUUGAGACAAACUAUUGCGCUUUCGAAAACGCCGCUGUUUAUGGGCACUCAGCGACGAACUUACGCGGAUUCGAUUGUCAAGGUACCACAGAUGGCCGAGUCGAUAUCGGAAGGAACAUUAAAACAGUUUUCAAAAAAGAUCGGCGAGUAUGUUGAACGAGACGAGGAACUUGCAACUAUAGAAACAGACAAGAUCGAUAUCACCGUCAACGCUCCAGAGGCUGGCACGAUCAAAGAGUUCCUUGCCAGCGAGGAGGACACCGUUACUGUUGGUCAAGAUCUCGUGAAGCUGGAGACCGGCGGAGCCGCUCCUGGGAAACCCAAAGAAGAAAAGCCAGAAGCAAAAUCAGAGGCUGCUCCCUCCCCACCACAAUCACCACCGAAGCAAGAAGAAAAGGCAGCUCCUCCUCCUCCACCAAAGCCAGAGCCCACCGCCCAGAAGCCAUCCACGUCCAAACCGGAGCCCGCCCAGGCAUCCCAGCCAGCCCCUGGAAACCGAGAAGAGCGCAGAGUAAAAAUGAACCGCAUGCGGCUACGGAUCGCGGAGCGCCUAAAGCAGUCUCAAAAUACCGCGGCAUCACUCACUACCUUCAACGAAGUGGACAUGUCAUCUCUCAUGGAAUUCCGUAAACUCUACAAGGACGAUAUUUUGAAGAAAACCGGUGUAAAAUUGGGCUUCAUGAGCGCGUUCUCCCGUGCCUGUGUCUUGGCUAUGAGGGAUAUUCCAACUGUCAAUGCGUCUAUUGAAGGUCCUAAUGGCGGUGAUACAAUUGUCUAUAGAGACUACGUCGAUAUCAGCGUUGCGGUAGCGACGGAAAAGGGAUUGGUCACCCCUGUUGUUCGAAACGCUGAGUCCAUGGAGCUAAUUGGUAUUGAGAAGGCGAUCGCAGACUUGGGUAAAAAGGCGCGUGAUAACAAAUUGACCAUCGAGGAUAUGGCCGGUGGCACCUUCACCAUUAGCAACGGAGGCGUUUUCGGAUCUCUGAUGGGUACACCCAUCAUCAAUCUUCCGCAAACAGCUGUGCUCGGCCUGCAUGCUAUCAAGGACAAGCCAGUCGUCGUUAACGGAAAGAUCGAGAUCAGACCUAUGAUGUACCUUGCAUUGACCUACGAUCACCGCCUCUUGGAUGGUCGGGAAGCCGUUACUUUCCUAGUUAAGAUUAAGGAGUAUAUCGAAGAUCCAAGACGGAUGCUGUUGGCAUAAAUUCACUACCCGCCACCUCUCGACCCCUGCCAUGGCAGCCCUACCCGCAGCCGGCAAACAUGUAUAUCAGGGCCCUUUCUCUUUUUUAGCGCCAUAUUAAGGGGUGAUCGUGGAUAGCUUGAUUAGUCAUUUUAUUUUUUUCUAUUUCCCCACUUUUGGGGGAUUAACUAAAACUUGUUGUUUCGUGAUCUUUUUGGUGCUGGCGAUAAUUUGUAUAUAGAUAAAGCUGUGUACUACAGACAAUCAUCGGGCAGUUUGGCUGAUGAAAAUCAUCAUAUAUCCUCUAUUUUUGCUUCCGGAUUGAUUCCCGGGAUUUUGCGAUGUUGUGUAGCACUCAAUUUUGCGCCUUUUUUAAACUCCAAUAGGCCGCAUCUGUUGUAUGCUUCCAGAAUAUAAUACAUAUCGCGUUUCUGCCAGGAUGUGAUGAAUUUACCCACUUGUGGAAGUUGUGUCCAGUUUAGACUGGCCGGCGGGACCAUGAAUUUCACAUUUGGUCUCAUUUGGUCUGGUCUCAUACAUUUCUUGGUGUGAGUCCACCUAGCAUCAAAAAAAUGUGAAAAUGAAUCAUUUUUUUCAGAAAUAGUGUGAAAAAUGACCAGAUUUAAUUUAAGAAUAGUGAAAUGAAAGUAAUUUCUCAG